AUGACGAGCACAGACGUUGAGAAGAAUUUUCCUUUCACCCGUUUGCCGCUCCGACAUCGUGACUCGGUUAUAGAAGCAACGCAAGUUGGAGUCGAGACCGAUCGAGGAAUCCUUAAACUUUUGGAAUUUAAGUUUGAAGAAUUCUUUACAGAUUUCCCGCUUCUCGGCAUCGGUUUGCACCAAAACGCGAAAGCAACCCGUGCUGGAUUCUUGACCGGUCGAGGAAUUCUUGCAUUUGCGGAAUUGAUGUUCGAAGGAAUCCUUACAAUGUUUACAAAUUCCAAUUUCUCGUUUCUUUGUCUUGGAAUAAUCGCUUCGCAACAAUUUGCGAAGACAAUCACAACGCCAGGGCGUCAUGUCGUCAUCAAGGGGGGAAGCGCAGUUGGAAAGAAAGUCUUCCACUGA